AUGGCUUCAACCCGAACCGCCACCGCGAGCAUCCGCUUGAAAGACUACGAUGCCGCCACCCUCUCCGCGCCCAUCAACACCGGCGCCGAAGCCACCCACGACUUCACCUUGAACACAUCGACAACGACGCGCCGACGCGGCGCGCAACCACCGCCCCCGCCCACCAGCACAGACGACGACGACGCCGCCAUCAUCGCGGCCUCGCGCGCGCUCGACGAGGAGUGCCCCGACGGCGGCUACGGCUGGGUCAUUGUUCUCAGCGGCGCCAUGCUCAUGUGGUGGGCGUCGGGCACCACGUACGCCUGGGGCGUCGUCCAGCGCACGCUCGUCGAGGAGCACCUGGCCGGCCCGGCCACGCUGUCCUUCAUCGGCUCCCUGCAGGCGUCCAUGCCGGCCUGGUUCGCGGUGCUUGACGCGUUCGUCAUGCGCCGCUGGCUCGGGUCCCGCAGGCUCGCCAUGCUCGGCAUGCUCACCAUGGGCCUCGCCGGCGUCCUGGCAAGCUUCUGCACCGAGAGCGUACCGGGCCUCUUCGUCACGUUUGGCUUCCUCGCGGGUGCGGGCGGCAGCUGCGGCUUUGCCGUCGUCGCGGCCGUGCCGGCGCAGUACUUCAACACCCGCCGCGGGCUUGCCAACGGCCUCAUUUUCGCGGGCAGCGGCUUUGGCGGCGCCACAAACAGCUUCUUCAUGGAUGCCCUGAUCCGCAACCUGGGCAUUGCCUGGGCGUUUCGUGUGCUCGGUCUCGUGACCAUGGCGACGGGUGUGCUCGCCGGCUGGUUCAUGACGGAACGAACAAAGAUUCCUGACAAGCGCUUUGUUGACAUGAAACUAUUCAAGAACACAAACUUUACUCUCCUCUGGCUGUGUGCCGCGGUAGGCAACUUUCCCAUCUUUGUUCCUCCAUUCUUCCUCCCCCUCUAUAGUCAAGCGCUGGGCUUCUCUUCCAGCACCGGCGCCGGUCUCGUGGCCGGCUUCACCCUCUCAUCCGCCAUUGGUCGUAUUAUCUGCGGCUUUUGCUGCGACCGGUUCGGUCCCGUGAACGUGCUGCUGGCGUCCUUGCUGCUGUCGGCCUUUUCUAUGCUUGUCAUCUGGCCAGUCUCGCAGUCCAUCACGCCCCUGGCCAUUUUCUGCAUUCUCAACGGCGUCUCGAAUGGGGGCUUCUUUUCCUGCACGCCCACUGUUGCCACCAGUAUGUUUGGGAGCCAGCGCGUGAGUGUCGUCAUGGGCAUGAUCAUGACUGCUUGGGCGGGCGGUUAUCUCCUGGGCUCGCCUAUCGCCGGCUACCUCCUCGAGGCCUUUGGUGGUGCUAGUGGUGGCCUGAAGGCCUACCGCCCGGCCAUGUUUUACGCAGGCAGCCUGGCGCUGAUUUCUGCCAUUCUAUUGGCAAUUGUGCGCUUCCGCAUUAACAAGAAGUUUUUCGCGGCUGUAUGA